AAGAAAUGAAAGCAAUAUAAGGAUACAUACGUGCGGCAUCAGAAAUUCCCACUUCAAGUACUUAAAGUCAACUUUGAAAUAUUAAAUUUUCACAAUGAGCGCAAAUUCUGAAGAAGUACAAGAUAGCUUUCAUAGGGCGCUAUUGAAAGCUGGUGCUGCAUUUCAGAAAUGUAUUUUACCAGGAGAUCAAGUUGUAACACAAAUACCGAAAACUACUCAUGUAGAUGGCACAGAAUUAAUCUACAGUUUCAAAGGAGUGUUUAAUAUCUCGGUGAAAAUCGUUUUCUGGAAAAAUUGGUUUUACUUUUUGUGUAACAAUACGACGUCAAAUAUAACGGCGACUAGGUCUUUUCAAAAAGAGCAUAUAAAAGGUGACUUGAAUUUGAGCUCUUUAAUAGAUGAAUUAAUUCCAUCAAGUCAAGAUAUUCAGACUCAAGGACAAAACGUCCCAGUAUCUGAGAUUCCAAAAAGCAUACCACAAUCAACUGUCCACCCUCGAUUUGUGGAUGUUCAGUCCAGCGAGGCACCCUUUGGUAUGUCAGGUCCAUUUGGAAAUGUUCCUAGCCAGAGGCCUCUGUUUCCGUCAAUUGGUGCCGAUGACCUUUAUCCAGCUGGCGUCGGUGCUCCCUCUUCUGGAAAUAACGGGGGAAUGUAUCCUACGUUGAAUCAUCCUAUAUUCCAUCCAGAAAGACGACCAAACGUAAAUGAUGAAGAAGAGCCUCCAAUAUUGCCUUAUGUACCACCUGGUGCGCGAUAUGAUCCUACAUCUCCUAGUGACUUGAGAGGUAUACAAGGCCCUUCCGGGGGUCAAUUUCCUCAAAGGAGAACAAGGCCAGGCCAAGGUUUCAGAUUUCCUGGUGAGCCUGAUAACGAUGACUUUAUGCCUCCUGGUUCCAGUGAUAUGUUCAUGUAGAAAAACAUUCUACUUGAUAGUUUAAUCUGAUCAUCGGCAACUAAAAAAUUGGCAAUUGAUGAUUACUUUAUUUCAUUGGACAUCUUUAAAGAACGAACAUUUUAUAUGUAAUGAAAAGUAAUAGUUUUAUGUCUUAGUUUUUUGACGAAUAUAUAUGACACCGUAUCUUAUUUAGUAUUUAUGUAAUAAACCCAAUAUUGAUUA